CAGUCACACACGCUGCUCUGCAAUCAGGAUGACGAGAGGCAGGCACACAUCACACUCGCUGUCUCAUAGCAGAUAUACACACACAAGGAAGUGACCUAACUUAACUUGUGUGCUCUCCACAUUGUGUGAGAAAUCAGAUCGUCAGCUGCUGCCUGCUCCCAGCAUGAGCUGACACAUCCACACCGACCGCAAAUAGGAGAGCAGCAGCAGCUACGUUUCCCCUUGCAAAGCCUUCCUCUUUACAAGCCCCACGUAAAAGGGGGUGGGGGUGGAUCCUGAUUGAGGAGCUGCUAUCCCUGGCUCCUGGGAAGUGGGAACAACAACAACAAGCAGCCUGAGAAGCAGCAGCUACGGCGAGUGGCCAUGUGAUGUCUCCCUGGUGGGUGAGCUUGUAAAACCAAAUAGAAGAAGCGAGGCACAGCCAGAGAGAGGCAGCGUGCUGCGCCGGGGAAGAGGAGGAACUGAGAGUGCACAGAAGGUGGUAAGCUGCCAUUGUGACAGGAAGGAUUUCUCCCAGAAACAUCAAAGACGAAGGUUUGGCUGUGUUCUGUUAAAUGACUGCUUCUUGGGACAACUUCAGACACUGCGAGAUAAUCAGAUCUGGAAAUCCAAACCAAGUCUUCCAUGUGCCCACAAUGACCUUCCGAAGUGUGAAUAAGCAUGAAGAGAGUGUCACAGAAAUAACUGUUCAGUGAUUUCUGGAAAAUGUAUAUUAAUAGAGAGAGACAUCAUUUAAAGGGUCUGAACGGAAUGUCUGCAGAUGACAAGACUGAAUCGCCCAUGUACGUGUAUGAGUCAACUGUGCAUUGUACAAAUAUUCUACAGUGCCUCAAUGACCAGUGGAAACAGGACAUUCUCUGUGAUGUCACCUUAGUAGUGGAAGGAAAGGAGUUUCGAGCCCAUCGGGCGGUGCUGGCCGCAUGCAGUGAGUACUUCCUGCAAGUACUAGUUGGGCCAGCAGACCAUGGACUGGUAAUCAGCCUGCCAGAAGAGGUCACUGCUAGAGGAUUUGGUCCAUUGUUGCAGUUUGCCUACACUGCAAAGCUAUUACUGAGCAGAGAAAACAUCCAAGAGGUCAUCCAAUGUGCUGAAUUCCUGCGUAUGCACAACCUGGAAGACUCCUGCUUCCGCUUUCUUCAGAGGCAGCUUCUAAACAGCGAGGAUGGCUUGUUUCUGUGCAAGAAAGACACCUCGUGCCAGAGUGCUCCAAGUGAGACAUUUGAUUGUGAAGAGGAAACUAUGGAAUCUGAAACCUCAAAAAUAUCUUGUCCCAAGGAAAGACUACACCACGAGCCUUUUCACUUUGGUUCAGGGGAGAAAGCCACAGACAGCAAUGAAGCUAAUUUGCCUAAUUCAAAUAUGCAAAGGGAUAACAAGGAAAGUUUAGACAAGGAUCCUAUAAUCCGCUAUCCACGAUAUAAGAAAUACCAGCUGGCUUGUACUAAGAAUGUCUACAAUACAUCACACAGUACCUCAGGUUUUACAAGCACAUUCAAUGAAAAUAACUCUGAAAUUGGCCUAAAAUUAAGACUUCCUUUAAGCCAGAUCAAAAGUGAGCCUCGGGAUGAUGAUGAUAAUGAAGAAGAGAGUGUUACACUUUGCCUGUCUGGAGAUGACACUGACAUCAGGGAUAAAGAAGGGGAUAUCGAGAUGGUGGGGAAACAACUCAGCCCUGUUAACAUUGAUGACCCAAAAAAUGUGUCAUCCCCUUCCAGUCUAAGAACGUUUUUUAGUAGAACGAAAGGGGAGGAAUUGAUUGACUUGCCUGGUACUUCCCAACAGCGUUUUGUCAGAAGUCCUUCAUGCCCUGUGGAAAAGGGAGCAACUCAGGGUGACCAUAAAACUGAAUACAACCCGUUCACUGGGAAUUAUGAACUGUCUUGUGAACCUCAUAAAGAUUCCUCUAACUUCCUAAUGGCUUCCCCUCUACGGGGGUCUGGCUCAGAACUUGCAUCUAAGCAUGAGAUGGAACUAGACAGGAGAAGUGUCAUAUUCUCUUCAAGUGCUUGUGACCAAAUAAGCACCCCGGUGCAAUCAUAUUCUGGUGUGAGCUGUUUGGACAAAGAGUUUUCUGAGCAUGUGCCAAAAGGUCUUUGGGCAGGAGCUAGCCAAUCUCUUCCUAGUUCGCACACCUUUUCCCACAGCGGGCUGGUAACAGACCAAUUACCAGGAAGGCUGCGGCCAAACACUAGUUGUCCUGUGCCAAUUAAAGUGUGUCCCCGUUCCCCGCCUUUGGAAACUAGAACCAGGACAUCAAGCUCAUGCUCCUCUUACUCAUAUGCAGAAGAUGGCAGUGGUGGAUCCCCUUGUAGCCUUCCUCUCUGUGAAUUUUCAUCAUCCCCCUGUUCACAAGGCCCUCGUUUUCCACCUACUGAUCAUCAAGAAGCUUGUUCAAUGGCAGACUCCAUUUUUAACCAAGUAAGGCCGCAAAUAAAAUGUGAGCAGUCAUAUGGAACAAACUCGAGCGAUGAAUCUGGAUCAUUUUCAGAAGCAGACAGUGAGUCCUGCCCUGUGCAAGACAGGGGACAUGAGGUUAAGUUGCCCUUUCCAAUUGAUCAAAUCACAGAUCUUCCACGCAAUGAUUUUCAGAUGAUGAUAAAGAUGCACAAGCUGACCUCUGAACAGUUGGAAUUUAUUCACGAUGUCCGGCGCCGAAGCAAAAACAGGAUAGCUGCCCAGCGCUGCCGUAAGAGGAAACUUGACUGUAUACAGAACUUAGAAUGUGAAAUACAUAAGCUGGUGUGUGAAAAGGAAAAGUUGUUAUCGGAGAGGAACCAGCUGAAGGCAUGCAUGGGGGAGCUACUGGACAACUUCUCUUGUCUGUCCCAGGAAGUGUGUAGGGAUAUCCAGAGCCCUGAGCAGAUCCAAGCUCUGCACAGGUACUGCCCUGUUUUGAGGCCUCUGGAUCUACCCAAUGCGGCUGCAUUUAACCCUUUACCAGCAAGAGGAGAGCAAAGUCUUGUCACUGCUCAGGAUGCAGGGGAAAACAUGCAGUGCUGCAAUGAGCAAUCCCCAAUACAACAUGGAGGUCACACAAUUCCUAACAACAUACCAGACAAUUGUAUCGCAAGAAGAGGGCUGGAGGGAUCUGACCACGGUACUUACUCAGAGAGGCAAACUUGUUUGGAACAGAACAGCCAAACAGUAACAGUUGAUUUCUGUCAGGAAAUGACCGAGAAAUGUACAACGGAUGAGCAACCUAGGAAAGAUUUCUCCUAGUAAUGUCUGAUGGUGUCCAUAUAUAUGGCCAAGCAGAAGUCACCAGUCAGCCUUUGGCUGCCACUGCCUCCAGAAAACAUUAUUGGUGCACACUACAGCAGUCUUAGCAGCAAUACUGUUUUAUAAGUAUUUCCCUCCUCUCUGAAAGCAGGAGAUCCCUUCACGAUGGUGCUAUACCUUGCUCAGGCAAGGAAUUAUACAGUGUCUACACUGUCCUCCUUGCGUUCUAUUUUAUUUGUUAAUGUAUUCUAACUUCAGAUCUUAACAGGGAUGGACUUAACAUCCAUGACGACCCAACAGCAGCUUAUAUUCUCAGUGACCCAUGUCACAAAAACCUAUCUCAGGAAUUUCCUUGGAAUGUUCAUUUGUUUUUCAUUGAAGACCGCUAAUCAAGGUUUUAUAGGUAAAGUGUAUGUAGGUUCUUUAUCCAUAUGCAAAAAGUCCACGCAUCCCUCAAUUUUCACACCCUAAAACUGGAAGUCUUCUGUUUUCUAUUGUAUACGCAAGAUACAACAUUCCUAUUUAUGUCAUUGAUGCCACACAGACUGCUUAUUAUCUAUUUUUCCUCAGUCUGACACUAUCAGCUAGUUAUUUAUUAACCACCGUAUGGACACCUUCUCUAGUUUUCUUCUCCACAGAUGUUUUAGAGCAGUACAGCUGCAGUUUCCAUUCAAUCAAGAAGUUUCUUUGUAGAUUUUUCUUUCUUACACAGACUGUACAAUUUGCCCUUGUACCAUGCACUGAGCUUUGCUAUUGUGUGUAAAUGUAACAUGACUACAUAUGCAUUAUUUGUUUGUAAAACAAAGAAAACAAAAAAAGAAAGAAAAUACUCAGGAGAUUAGGAUGUACAGUAGGAACAUUUUCUUGCCAAAUAUUACAUUUACCAUAUAGUGUAAAACUUCAAAAUGAUUAAUCCCUCUUCAAUCCUGGUAACAUAAUAUCUGUUCUCAAAAUAAUGAACUUUUGAUUUCUGUGGGUGAUCGUUGUGUAAGAAACACAUUAGGAAUCAGGAUUAAAAUGCUGACAAAGGGAGUACGCUGCAGUCCAUCAAACCAAUGAAAAUCAUUUACCUCAUAAAAAAGUGCAGGAAUUCUGAAACAUGUUUUUAACCCAUACAUUUUAACCUAGUAUUUUAUAUUAUUGUUUCCCGGUUUCCCUAGGUGAUUUUCUUAAUAACAUGGUCACAAGUAACACUGUGACUUGCCUGUAUUGCUGUUGUCCCAAAACGUAUAUAAUGGAUUGCAUGCUCUGUUGCUGUUAUUUGGAAGAUGAAAACUUUAAAAAACUUAGUUGACUGUUGCUUGAAUGGUUGCUAUGAAAAUGCAACUCUAGGCAGCUCAGACGUAUAUUAAAAUGUAUUUUUGACCCUGCAGUACAAUGUAUGCAACAUACUGUGCUGCAGUAAGCUCUCAGUUGAUUAUGCUUGUUAUUUUCUAAAUUUCUAUUAUGUUCCCACUGCUUUUGCUUUACUUGUAACAUAAAGUGAAUAGGAAAUUAUUCUCCUCCAGUGUACUUAAAACAAAGACAUUUGCAAGUUCUUACCAUAAAUAUAAAGUGAGUUUGUAUUGAGGGUACUUUCAUAUUGCUACCCCAACAUCAGGGUAACGAGUGUACCUUAGCAGGCUAGUUUAUUAAAGGUUGUGCCAUCUUGCUAUUAUAAUGUGUAAGUAUUUAGCACAUUUUCAUAAACCAUUCUGGAGAUCCAUGUAUUAUGGAAGAAAUGUAUCUCCUGAAUACUAAAUAGUUAACAUAUUAACAGAAUGAAAUUAGGAAAAAACUAAAUUGUCAACAAUCUUAAAUUGUUUAUAAAUUAAGUGCGAUUUGUUAGGGGUCAUUCAAAGUAGUGUUUUUUUUUAAAGGCUGCGUUACAGUAAGUCUAGCCAUAAAAAUCGCAUUUUAAGAAAUAAACCCCUAACGCAUGUACUUUUUUCUUCUAGCGAUCUUAAAACAACAUGUAAUAUUUCAGCCCAGAAUAUUAAACCUUAUAAAUAUGUAGUUAAAAUAUUCCACCCUAUGCCAUGCUGCUGCGGUAUGCUGAUUAAAAAAUGCAAAUGAUUAGGGGCUGUAAGAAAAACAAACUAGAUAACAUAAAAGAUGCAUUUGUUUGAAAAUAUUUUAAAUGCUCAAUUUUUUUUUGUAUUUGCUCAAUGGAUAUUUAAAAGUCAGUGCAAAGUAAUACUAGUUCUCCUUUAUUUAGGAACGAAUGGGCCUAUUUCUGAAACACUUUUGUUUCCCGAUAUAUCUCAGGCAGCAGGGGGUGUUUAACACAGGUCAAAUCCAUGUACCCCUGAAAACCAUCAUGCCUAUGGUCUUGUAGGCGAACAGUGAAAUUUGGCUCUGAUAGUGAACAGCAUCUUCCAAUGGAAAGAGCUGUUGGGAGUGCGAAAAGAGAUCUCUUCAGAUAUAUUCUCUUCCUCUGGCUUUUUCGUGUGUGUAUGUGCCACCCAAGGUAGCGCAUGUGCAGGAACACUGUUAGAACAGGACCAUGGUGUGUCAUCUUUUACCCCUGCAGCUAGUGGCAAAGGUAAAGGUUUUAUCAGUCAUUGGGACAGUUGUACUGGCAUAAAUAUAUUUGUAAUUUCCAUGAAAGCACAUCCUUUUUUACACACAUACUGGCAUUAAAAGAGGUUAUCAGGACAGAAAUGAUCAUUAAUAGCGCACUAUUCAGCUAGAUACAUGGAGGCAUCCAUUUUGUGGUUUCACCCAAUAUGUGUUCCCUUGGAUCAUUAGGGACCUGUGACAUUAUAUGUGCAUUUUACUUAACCUAUUUAGUAUCAUUUAUAAAAAUAAAUGUAUAUUUUCAUAUAGAAGCACUUUUAAGCUUAGUUAUAUGUCUAAGUUUAAUGUUUCCUACUUUUCCUGUACAUGAUAUCACUUUAAAAUAGUCCCCUCCAUUUUGGCUUAACAGCAACCUUGGUUCUCACACAUUGGGCGGUAUUCAAUUGUUUGGCUAUCUAAUAGCCAGAAAAAAACAGCCACCCAACCUACUUUUCAAACAAUUGAAUUCCCACCAUUGUGUUCACAGUAUCAAAAGAAAAGUAUUUCAAAUAAAAAAUUUGAAUGUAUAAAGAGAUGAAUGCACCAUAAAGCCACAUUAAUCCAAUGUAUUUUGUACUUCGCUGGAGGAGGUGUGUUCUUAUGUGCUAAGUAAUUUGGUUUAGUUUAUACCUCUGUACAGCAAGUAUACAAUCACUCCAAAUCCCAGUGGUGCACCUAACACCCCAUAUUUAACUUCAGUACAGUGGUUCCCAAACUGGGUGCUAUGGCCCUCUGGUGUGCCUCGGGUCCCUUGCAGAGGUGCCCUGGUUGGGUGGUCCAGGAUCAAUUCUAAUUAUUUAUAUUCAAUGUCAUCGGCAAAACCAGUGCUUGUGGCUUCCAAUGAUAAAAUAUGUGGACAAACAGAUGAACUUUCAUCAGUAGUUUUAAUAAUAAAGCUAACCGCAGCUUGGAUACAAUUAGGUAUUUAGCAAUAUAGAGAGACACAAUAGGAACAAAUACUAAAAUAAAUCAGGAAUAUAAAUAAUAAUGGGAAUAAACAAGAGGGAAGUUAUCCAUAUGCAAAGGGACAAUUACAGCACAUGAGGGCUCAUAGAAAGACAGACACUUAAAUACCAAAAGGAAACCUAAAACCAAUCCAACAGUAUAUCAUUUGCAGGUCCAUGACCCAUAUGUCAUUGUGGAGCCACAGUUCCGACGGCAGUACUCAAAGAUGGCCAUAAUGUAGAGUUAUACUUGGACCACAACCUCCACUUAAUUUUAGGAGUAGUUGGAGCAGGAUAUUUAAACCCCAGAGUCUCCAUAUCACUUUUUUGCACGUAUGUAAUAAUCUUAGAAUUUUCCUGGGGAUUAGGAUUUUUCCAGUAAGAAUAUGGCCUGUCACGUAUCAACAGUGUGGUUGGAGAGAGGAUGGAUAGUGGUGCAGUAAGCUCAUUUCAGAUUUUAAUGGGAGCAUGACCCAUAUGACAUGAAAGAUGAGAACAAAAAGAGAAGAGUACCCACCUCACCACAAUUCCUCCAACAGAGAUGAAAAGCUAAUAUACAAAUAAAUAAAUAAAUAUAUAUACUGCAUAUAUAUUUCUCAGUAAGACACUUUUGGUCUACGGUUGCAAAAGUUUGGGAACCGCUGCUUUAGUAUAUAGAUGUUGUCUUAAAUGGUAUGCAUAACCUUCCUGCAGUGUAUCCAUUUUGUGGCUAAAGUUAUUUAGCCAAUUAUCAUUGAAUUAAGAACUAGUGAUGUCAGUAUGCGACAAGGCGCCUUCUCAAGACUUUUUAGGUUUAGCCCAUAAGGCAUCUGCCUCUACUCAGCAGCUACACUUUAAAAAUAGUGGGGUCUAUUUGUGGAGAAGUGAGCCAGUUGAGAAGUUGCCCAUGGCAACCAAUCAGCUACUUUGUGUAAUUUUAUAGUAUGUAAAUUAUAAAUGUUACUUCAAUGCAGAUUGUUUGCCAUGGGCAACUUCCCAAAUGGCUCACUUCUCUACACUUUUCACUGCUUCAUGAAUAGACCCCAGUAUUUGUAUUUUAGAUUGUGCAUUAUAAUUGCAAUUUGGAUGAGAUACUUACCUAGAGAUUGGACAAUGAACUGCUAAAGGCCGUGGUUUCCAAACUUUUUUGAAUCACGGCGCCCUAAAAUAUCAUAUUUUUUUUCACGGCACCCCUAGUCCAAAAAUUUCUUAUUGAGAAGUUUAGAAAGAAAUAUUACAUUAAGUAGAUUGCAUUUAUAUGUCAUCCUUAGGGUCAGUUGUGUGGUGAGGGACAAGAUUUGCUUCUAUUUGGCCACAUAUUUUAUGACUGGCAGCCACCAGCACUGGUUUUGCCUAUUAUAUUGACCAUGAAUAAUUUGAAUUGGUCCUGGACCACCAAUCCAGGGCACCCCUGCAAGUGUCCCGAGGCACCCCAGGGAGCCACGGCACACAGUUUGGGAACCUCUGGCUAAAGGUGUUCAUUUGCCACUUUGUGAGAACACCUCAGCAAGGAGGGACUAUGUAAAAUCCCUCCUACUUGAAGCCCUAUGAAAAAAUACUCUUUACAAAGUACUAGCUCCCGUGAGAUUUAGCAUAUACAGUAGCACACAUAUCUUAAGUGCUGAUAAGUCUAUCUACUACACAUAUAUAUGAAUAUUGGUGUUGCUUUCUUUAUAUUUUUCUACUUUUGGUUGCAAUAGUAUAAAGCCUGCACCAUCUAUUAAUGAAAGGUUAAAACUGGUUAUAAAGACUAUAUGAAUUUCAUAGGGCUUGUAUGCUGAAAUGGGGAAAACUUGUGUGUUCAUGUGUUUACAAUAAAUUGUGCUAUUACAAAUACAGCAUAUAGUACACGUAGUGUGCUUUAGCGCAUUUUAAAUUUGACAGUGUAGUCCCGGAACAAGCCCAUAAGAAUCCUCUAAAUAACAGCCUACAUUAUAAUGUCACCCAUAAAGUUGUAGUAUUUGCAAAUGUUCAUGUACUAUGCUGCAUCGCCUGAGCCACAUGUAGCUGGAAUUAGCGUGACCCUCUUUCUAACAUCAAGCCUUAAAGUUCCGUUUAUUGUUCUGCCUCACAUUUUAAUCCAGAAGAUAACUGGCUCAUUGCAUUAAAUACUGAGGAUACUGUUACAAGGCCAUGGGGGUUAGGUAGAUGAUUUUUAAUUUGUAAAUCUUGGGAUAUUUUACAAUUUAAUAUCAGAUGUCAAUAAAUACAUAUACACAUUCAUUUUCUAAACUUUGACAUGUACUGUGAUACUCACUCCCACUGCAGUUAUUGUGGUGUACACUUUAUGCCUUUGAAAGUGUGUGUGUCUGUUGUAUUAAAGCAGUGUGUCAUUUAGCCCUGCAUAUUUUGUUAUAUUAGGUACUGACUUUUUUAGUGUGGAUUGUUACUUCUUUAAACUGAUCAGUAACCAGUUUUAGUAAAGAAGCAUUGUACCUGCCGUUAUCUCCUGGCAGUGUAUUGUGUGUUUUGCUAAUUUAUCUCACACUAGCAUUGGGUGUAAUGCUGCUUAUAAUACUUUUUUAUUAUUUUCUUUCUGUACAUAAUUUCUGAAAGCUGUAUACAUAAGAUCAGAUAGAAUAUACCAGUACUAAGUACUAAUACCUUCAUUAAAUGAGAACCAAUAAUAACGUUAUGAACACUUGGCCAAUGUUAGAUGGUGAGACUGGAAGCUGGAGAGAGCAUGCACCCUCAGUGUGCUUCAUUAUGUUAGUUUUACCCUUUUCAUUAUUGGUUUAUAAGAAACGUGCGAUCCUUUCUACGCUGCCUAUCAUAUUAUUGGUUAUUUUUAGUCAGCCUUCACAUCAGCUUUCAUCUUUAUAUGUAUUAUGAAGCAUGUCCGUGUUGUAACCGGCGCAUGUACAUCAUUCUCAUUUGUGUAUCUAUAUUUCUGUUUACAAAUUAGUUUGUCUUAUUAUUUGAUAAGUAAUAAUAACCUGAUUUAUCAUGUCUUUGUGAUUUAUCAGGAUUUUUAUAGCCUUGCUUUGGAUCCUAUCUGAAAACUCUUGGUUUCAUUGCUCCUUCCUUUUCUAAACAUUUCAUUAUAUUUAGCUACUCUUAUACAGAACACAUUGUGAGGGGAAUAUCAGUAGACUGAAAUGGUGAUUAUACCUGUACACUGUCAUGUACCGUGAUGUGUACAGAUGUAGCCACGCUCAUCUUACCCACAGCAUGGCCGCACCUGCACACGUGCUGUUCCAAGCCACGGGUGUGCUUUAGUACGCCAAGCUGCGACUAGGUAUGCCGUCCAUUCAUUCCUAAGGCCGUUCACGAGCGUGUCAUAGUCGCGGGCACUCUAGUCAUGCCUUCUUUGCUGUUGAUAAGACGUACGGUGGCAAAGGUGACCUUGUCUACAUCUGUAUAUCUGCUGUAUACUAUCUCUGUGUUCCACUAUUCCUCGCCUCUCACUUGACACAUUUCUAUAUUGCGGUUUGCUAAAUAAAUGUAUUUAAAUGUACUUGCAUAUAGAACUACCACUGCUGAGCCAGUAUAAAUAGACAUAUAUACAUUUACUAAUGUAUGCUGACAUCGGUUGGCUACAAGUCAUUUAACUAGUCAUUAAUAUAAUUUGCAGGUGGUAUGGCUUGAUGAAGCGAUUAGGGGAUUGUACAUUAUAACUACUUACAAAUAUGGCUUCCUUAAUGCCACGUCACUGCUCCGAAGGGACAUAUCUUAAAACAAACUGUGUUACUGUUCAAGCUACUGAUGAAGCCUGUACAAAGCAAAACAUACUGUAUUCAGCUGUAUUAAACAUUCAAGCGGUUUACAGUGUUUUGGUGGACAGAGCUGCUAAAAUAUGUCUCUUGUCAAGUUGUUCUAAAUAUAAAAUAAAUUGUACAGUAUAUACAGAGAUGAUGAUAAAACAAAAGCCAUAAAACUAUAUGAGUAUGUUACUAGGUAACAAGGAGGUCUGCUCAUCUGCUUCACAGUCAGCAACAGGCCACUAGAGGUACUGCAAGGAGUGUGCUUAAUAAUGCAUUCUAAUCAAUUAAUAUAGUUUCAAUACAGAACAUACAACAUACAUGUGUCAAAAGUUCUGCGGAUAUGUUUACCAGCAAAAUGAUCAUCUGAUUCACUAACCAAAUAUUUGUGUUAAAAGGAAAUGAUCCUUUGUUAUUUUACAGUAAAGAAACUUGCUGAAAGGUUCACUGACACAUUAUUAGCCAUUGUGGUAACUUACUGAGAUUCAUACUGCAUACUGUACUCUGUAUAAUAACAGAUGUGCCAGUGCGGCCUCCUUUCUUUAUAUAUACUAUCAGCAUAGCUUAAAGAGCAAGUAAAGCCACGAUUUGCAAAAAUAUUUGUCAAAGGCUGUAUAACUGCGUACAACCAAGCUCUCCGUAUAUCUCCCGCAGCAGGUUGAUAUAUUAUUAGGAGGUGUUUGUCUAAAUAAAUAUGCAAUGGGCCAAAUGUAAUGCAUGCUUUACAUCAGCGGUCGCAAAUCCCUGAUCCGCCGAUCAGAAACACUGAUCAGCUGCCACUGAUGAUCAUCAGAGAAUUCUGCAUGCUAAAAAUCCCCAAUUGGCCAAUCCCAAUAAUUUUUUCGUUAGAAUUGGCAAAUUCGGGAAAUCUAACCCGGGUGUUGGAAGAACAGGGAUUUGAGGCAAUCCAUCUCAGAUGUUUGAGCUCCAUAAUAGCUUGUGAGUUGCGCCAAAUGCUGGGAUUUCUGUGAUUAAAUGAUCAGGGGUUUUUUCAAGGAAAACAAUUGCUGCGUUAAUAUCACAACUCAAUUUCCAAAAUCUCAGCACUGCUCCAGGCUAUUACAUUUGUCCCCUACAGAAUGAGAGUUUUAGCUUCUAGACGUGUAUAAGAUCGGGACACUGACCUAAAGAUUGGGAGGGGUUGUGUGUAGUUAAGUGGGAAAGUCAUACUUAUUUGUAAACACAGCUAGAGUGAAAUGUCAGUUUAUCAUGGAAAAUGUAUUUUACCUUCAUGGUUUUGUCUUUUAAACUGAGCAUUAACAUUAGGAGUUUCAGUGCCAUAGUGCAGCCAUAUUGUUAUUUGCCAAGUUGACAAUGCACGUGCUCAUAGCUGCCUGGGUAUUGAUCUAAAGACAGCCCAUGGGCAUUUCAUAGUUCUGUGUAAUUGCAGUAUUUUCACAAUAUGAAUGGGCAUUACUUGCAGUGUAGUAGCAAUUCGAGAUACAUUUAUGUAUAUUUCUGUUAUUUGUUUUUAAUCUUUGCUGUAUGCUUCAGCCCAGACAUUUCUCUGAGGGCUCCAAAUUGUCCUCAUAGUAAUUCCAUGCAACUUGCUAAAAGAGAAAUAUUAUUUCCUAGUUACAUAGGGAGUGAGCCAUGGCUUUUCCAUGUAACGUUCUUGGCCCCCCUUCUAUAGUAACAUAUCAACUGUCCCCACCUCUGUAAGUAACACAUUUACCCCCCUUACCUUUAUUAUAAUAAAUUCCUGCACCUCCCCUGUAGUACUACAUGCCUUUACACCACCACUCCCCUGCAACACAUUCACCCUACCACUUUGGGUAAACCGCCCUGGAGUAAUACAUACUCCCAUAUCAUCACAUUUCCCUGUCUGUAGCAAUGCAAUCUUAACCCACUCCACCCCCAUCAAAACAUACUGUAUGAACGUCUCUUCCAACCUUCCCUCCCAGUACCAACACAUUCUGCACAUUUUCUUACCUAUCCUCCUGAGCAGGGGCUUAGUCUCUCUUGUGAAAAUAAGCUUCCGAGUAGUACAAGGACAGGCUGGCAGCGAAUCAGGGAAUGAUAAUUCUCUGCUAGACUGACUUCACUGACGAAUGGCCUGGUCUUGUUGUGGCUGCCACAGUGAGACUCUAUUUACAUUCGCUGUGCAGUUAUCAUUAGCUGUUUCCAGCAUGAACUUCUGAGUGUCACCUUCCCACAUAAUAAUAAUAAUAAUAUUACAAAUAAUAUUAACAUUUAAAAUUAGGCUGUGACCAUAAAUAAAAAUGGAAGUGUAAUUUUUUUUUUUUUUUUAAAUAUUGAUGAAAAGAAGUUUCUAGCCACAUGAUGGCGUCAGGAGAAGGCUAGCUGCUCAGCAAUAUAUGACAUAUGGCAUGAUGUCAUAUAUUGCUGAAAAGAAGUUUCUAACCACAUGAUGGCGUCAGGAGAAGGCUAGCUGCUCAGCAAUAUAUGACAUAUGGCAUGAUGUCAUAUAUUGCUGAAAAGAAGUUUCUAACCACAUGAUGGCGUCAGGAGAAGGCUAGCUGCUCAGCAAUAUAUGACAUAUGGCAUGAUGUCAUAUAUUGCUGAAAAGAAGUUUCUAACCACAUGAUGGCGUCAGGAGAAGGCUAGCUGCUCAGCAAUAUAUGACAUAUGGCAUGAUGUCAUAUAUUGCUGAAAAGAAGUUUCUAACCACAUGAUGGCGUCAGGAGAAGGCUAGCUGCUCAGCAAUAUAUGACAUAUGGCAUGAUGUCAUAUAUUGCUGAAAAGAAGUUUCUAACCACAUGAUGGCGUCAGGGGAAGGCUAGCUGCUCAGACCAUGCUCCAAAUGGCAUUAUGUAAUCUAUUUUGGCAACCAAAAUAGGCUAGUCAUGAAGACUAUAUUGCAAAAUUUGAUGGGUUCUGGAAAUGUAAAAAUAAAAAUUGAAAGCACCAAUCUAUUAUAUCUGCUUUGUCAUUAACUCUUCCUACUGUACAUGAUUUUGGACAACCAUGCUGACCAUCUAAGCACUUUACAAAAAAAUAUUUAUUAAUUGGAUAGAUAAUAUGCAUUGUAAAGCUAUAAAUAAGCACUUAAAUAAGCUUAAAUGAUUCUGCAAUAAAUAAGUGAUAUCUCCCAUAAUGUAGGAGUAUAAAUGAAACAUAAUCCAACAUAUAUUUCAAUUUAAUUGUGUGUCUGAGAGACUUUUCAUUUCUAUAAAACAGUACUGCGUAGAAUUAAUGAAACCAUUAUCUAUAUAAAUUGGCGAUUAGAGGAUUUUUGCGUUGUUAGUAUAGGUCCAUCUUUUCAUUACUGUUUUACUAAUAUCCUUUUACAUUUUGUCAAAGCCACAGAAACUGAGUUUAAAUUCAGUACACUGUUUUAUAUUUCAUUUGGACUGCCAUUUUUAUGUUAUGGUUUGUUGUGAUUGCAUCACAUUAAAUAAAACUUAUUGCAGUGUAAAAAAAAAAAAAAGGUAAUUUGUAUGGCUCAUAGCCAGAUACCUUAAAUGUUUGUAUUUAUGUUUAUUAUGGACUAC